CUUUCAGAUUCUCUGUACAUCCAAUUUUCAACUUCUGUCUCAUUAAUGGAACUCGCCGUUGUCAGAAGCAAUCACAAGAUAUCUCCGGCGACUUACACGCCGGAAAUGGAUCCGAAAAUCUGGCGGAAACUCCCCAUUGAACUACUCGAACGAAUACUCUCUUUCUUACCUCUUAGAACCUUCUUAUACCUCCGAUCAACCUGUAAAUACUUCAGAUCUCUCAUCUUCUCUCCAGUUUUCCUCUCUAGACACACCAAUUCCCUUUCGUCUUCUCCAUUAUCUUCCUUCCUAUUGCUGUCUCACCCUCAAUCAACUCAUUACCUCAUGUAUGAUACCGAUCUCAACACUUGGCGUAAUUUGAAACUCCCUUUAUCUCGCUCUCUGUCCUGUACGCCUCUCCUCUCAACCGCUAGCUGCCUCCUUUGUUUCUCUGCCGUGCCGGAUUCUUCUAAUUCCGCCUUCCUCAUCUACAACCUCCUCGCCAGGUCUUCGAGGAUUGUCAAAUUUCCCGAAUUCCCUUUCGCCUUUGAACUCCCAACCCUAAUUACCAACUCCUCUGGUUACAAACUCUUUUGCCUGUCAUCCCGUUCUUCAUCUCACGUCUAUGCCUACGUCUAUGACUCCAGGGUUCGUCAAUGGAUCCGAUACGAUGGGUUCCAUCGUUCCUUGGGCGACAGUUAUCAUCAACAAGGCGUUUUCUGCAAUGGAUCUCUGUAUUUCGGGACACGAGAGCCAUUCUCAGUGGUAGGGUUCGAUCUGAAUACCGGAAAAUGGGAGAGAUUGGAGGUGAGUUUGCCUGAAGAUCUGACGUUUGCCCGAUUGGCGGCAGGGGAAAAUAGGCUGUUUAUGUUUGGGGGAAUCGGGAGAAACGGGAUAUCGAAGACAAUGAAAGUAUGGGAACUGGAUGAACAGGAAAGGAUAUGGAUGGAAGUAGAAAGCGUACCAGAUAUGAUGUGCAGGAAAUUUGGGUCAGUUUGCUACCAUAAUUAUGAACACAUCUACUGUUUUUGGCAUCAAGGUAUGAUUUGUGUUUGUUGUUAUACUUGGCCUGAGGUUUUGUAUUACAUGGUGUCUCGAAGGACUUGGCAUUGGCUGCCAAAAUGCCCUUCUCUUCCUCACAAAUCCAGCUGUGGUUUCAAAUGGUUUUCGUUUGCUCCUCAGCUCUAUGCCGCUGUUUAAUUUAUUAGCUUCUGGUUUGCUACUUUAUAUUUAUGAUACUUUUGUGGUUUUGUUUCUUGCAAUUUGGGUUUUUGCUUAGAUCUCCAUGGUUUCAAGAAUCAGUUGAUUUUUGGAUAUCGUUUCUGGAGUUCAUUACAGUGAUUGUGUAUUUGGUUUUGAUGGAAAAAUUGAAUUCUA